CGGUUCCCGGGCAGAGGCCGCAGGUUGGUACAGGCCAGGCUUCCAACGCAGGGUACUUCUGUUGGAAGUUGUCUCAGUACAUUCUUCCCGGGACCAGUCCACAGCUCUGUGUGGGAGCAAGAUGGAGGCUGAUCUGUCUGGCUUUAACAUCGAUGCCCCCCGUUGGGACCAGUGCACCUUCCUGGGGCGGGUGAAACACUUCUUCAAUAUCACAGACCCGCGCACCGUCCUGGUCCCAGAGCGGGAGCUGGACUGGGCCAAGGUGAUGGUGGAGAAGAGCAGAAUGGGGGUUGUGCCCCCGGGCACCCAAGUGAAGCAGCUGCUGUACGCCAAGAAGCUGUAUGACUCAGCCUUCCACCCUGACACCGGGGAGAAGAUGAACAUCAUUGGGCGGAUGUCCUUCCAGGUCCCCGGCGGCAUGAUCAUCACGGGCUUCAUGCUCCAGUUCUACAGGACGAUGCCAGCGGUGAUCUUCUGGCAGUGGGUGAACCAGUCCUUCAACGCCUUAGUCAACUAUACGAAUAGGAAUGCAGCUUCCCCCACGUCUGUCAGGCAGAUGGCCCUUUCCUACAUCACAGCCACAACCACUGCGGUGGCCACUGCUGUGGGCAUGAACAUGUUGACGAAGAGAGCUCCACCCCUGGUGGGCCGCUGGGUGCCCUUUGCCGCUGUGGCGGCUGCUAACUGUGUCAACAUCCCAAUGAUGCGACAGCAGGAACUCAUCCAGGGCAUCUGCGUGAAGGACAGGAAUCACAAUGAGAUCGGUCAUUCCCGGAGAGCUGCAGCCGUAGGCAUCACCCAAGUGGUUAUUUCUCGGAUCACCAUGGCAGCCCCUGGCAUGAUCUUGCUGCCAGUCAUCAUGGAAAGGCUGGAGAAGCUGCAUUUCAUGAAGAAAGUCAAGGUCCUGCAUGCCCCAUUGCAAGUUCUGCUGUGUGGCUGCUUCCUCAUCUUCAUGGUACCAGUGGCUUGUGGGCUCUUCCCACAGAAAUGUGAACUGUCAGUUUCUUAUCUGGAACCAGAACUCCAAGACACCAUCAAGGCCAAGUAUGGAGAACUUGUGCCUUAUGUCUACUUCAAUAAGGGCCUCUAAAUGCCCCAUCCCAGCAAGGACUGGUCUGUACCCAUAUUCACCAGCCCUUCCUUAGCUGCCUUGUACACCUGUGCCCUCAUUUCUCUGCCAACAGGGCCUAAAGGUCAGGGUGGAUUUGGGGGGUGGGGAGCCUCAUGUUUUCACCCAGGCAUGGCUUAUUGGACUCCAGGGGAUAAAAGUGAGCAAGGGGAGCAAAGACCAAGUCUUUUAUCUGCUCCCCGCCCCACCACCAUCCCCUGGAGAUCAGGAGCUGAGACUUCCUGAGGGAGAAGUUCCUGGAACCUGGGGGAGAUAAUCAAGCAAAACAUUUGGAAAAAUUAGGAAAUCUUUGGGAUUCUAAUUCUGGCCAGGCCUGGGGAAGAGCCCCUGGGACAAAGGAAAGCUCCCAGCCCUGUUUUUUCUUCCCUUCCUCCUCAUCUUGUCUCACGCUACAGAACGUUUUGCCCCUACAAUUCUAGCUAACUCAGGAAGGGAGAGGGAAGAAGUCUGUUGUCACCUUGGGGCUCUUCUCCAUUCUUCCCCAUACUCCUCCCCAGUGCCCCCUUAUCAGAAAGCGUCUUUGGGAGUGCUGCUAAACUUGGGUUGAUCAAGCACCCAGGAGUUCUUAGUGCUAAAAAAAAGGCCACUGCAUGAGGCAACAAGGUUUCAUGGUGCUCUAAGUCCUGUGACACAGACUUUGUUCUCCUGUGCUAAAAUCAUGUCUGAUUUUACAUCUCUGUGUUUAAAAGAUAAAUCCACUAGGGCACCUGGGUGGCUCAGUUGUUAAGUGUCUGCCUUUGGCUCAGGUCAUGAUCCCGGGGUCCUGGGGUCGAGUCCCGCAUCGGGCUCCCUGCUCGGCGGGAGGCCUGCUUCUCCCUCUCCCACUCCCCUGCUUGUGUUCCUGCUCUCGCUGUCUCUCUCUCUGUCGAAUAAAUACAUAAAAUCUUUUAAAAAAUAAAUAAAUAAAAAUAAAAGAUAAAUCCACUAACUGUGAGUAAAAAUUAUAUAUGUAUGUAUUAACAACACAUUUUAAUGGGUAUAUUUUCCUAGCUGCCUCCCUUCCUCAGCCCAUUGGGUUAAACACCAAAGACUGGUGCGUACUGAAUAGGAAAGGGGAGUUUUAUUUGGAUACCUCUGAGAAUUAAUCAAUCAGGACCAAAGAGCCUUAAAGGACACACAGCAAAGUACAGCCAUUUGCCCUUCCCAUCUUGGCUGCUCUAGGUGAUUUUUCAGGCUUGGGUCGGGUGGGCAUGGAAGGAGACCAUUGUGGCUUACCUGGGAUCAAUGUUUGUAUUGAGUUCUGUCUAGUAGAAUUUACUGACUAUUCAAA